AUGAAAUUAUUUACAACAAUCAUACUAUCUUUCGUGCUUACUGAUUGUAUUAUCGCUACCGAAACUCCAAAGGAUAUUUUUUAUGAGACUAUCGAGGUAUUCCGUAAUGCAGCUAAAAUUGACCAUUAUCAAUUUAUGGAUCAUCUACAAACUUUGAAUAAUACCCAGCAAUGUGACACAUUAUGUAAAGAAAAUAUUGAAAAUAUUGUUUUAACUAAAGGACGUAUCUCUGAGCUUGUUUCCAAACAAGGAAGUACUCAUAAAUUAAGAUCCAUCCUAUUGGGGAAGUUUGUCGAGACUUACAUAAAACAUCACCUAAACAACGAUAUCAAUAUUAACGAAGGAUUAAAUAAAACGUUAUUCGCUUUACAGGCUCAAGAAGACACCAUUAAAGUUAUAAAUAAAAACAAACUAUUAGAACUGUUAAAAUUUGUCAAACAAUCCCUAAUUGAGUUUAAAAUCGUUGACUAUGAUAAAUUCUCCGCCAUGGGUCCAGCUGAAGAUGAAAAAUAUCUAGCCAAUUCAAUUAUUACUUUUGUCAAGGGCACUUUUUUCUUUAUGCUAUGUUACUCAGUUAGUUCGAUGAUUUGUAUGGGGUUUAUUGGUUCUUUGUUAUUGAUUCAGGUAGUCCUCUGGACAUUGACCUUAAUUAGGUAUAUUUUAACGAGUCCCUAA